AUGGCCGGCGCCCGCCUCGCCCAGGUCCGCAUCGCCCCCGCCGCGCUCUGGCUCCUGUGCGCGCUCAGCAUUCCGGGCGCCGCCGCUGGGCCGCCGCCGCCCUUGCCGUCCGGGGGAGCCACUUGUCUGGACCUCUUCACUGCCGGAGUACCUGCCUUCGUGCUGGACAUCGAGGCCUCGGUCAGCAACGGGGCCACCUUCCUGGGUUCCCCCGCCGUGCGUCGAGACUGGGACUGCGUCCGCUCCUGCUGCUCCACGCACGACUGCAACCUGGCGUUGGUGGAGCUGCGGCCCAACGGCCUGGAGGAUGACACCCCUUCCUGCUUCCUCAUGAACUGCCUCUACGAGCAGAACUUCGUGUGCAAAUUCGCGCGCAGGGAAGGCUUCAUCAACUAUCUCACGCGGAAGGUUUACAGCUCCUACCGGGAGCUUCAAACCCACGGCUUUGAAGGGUCCCGGGUCCCCAGGGGCUGGGCGGGCAUGAACUUGAAGGUACAGCCCCAGGAACCCCUGGUGCUGAAGAGUGAGGAGAACACAGAAUGGCACCUCCUGCAAGGUGAUGCCGCCGUCAUUGUAGAGAAAAGUGGCCCGGACCAAGUGAAGCUCUCGAGACUCAAGGAAGGCACCUACGUGUUCCAACUGAUAGUGUCCAACUCAGACCAGCCAGAUGAUACUGGCAAUGUCACGGUCACUGUGCUUUCUGCUAAACAGACUGAAGAAUAUUGCCUCGCAUCCUACAAGGUGGGACGUUGCAGGAGCGCCUUCCCCCGCUGGUACUACGACCCCAAGGAUCAGAUCUGUAAGAGUUUUGUUUAUGGAGGUUGCUUGGGCAACAAGAACAACUAUCUCCGGGAAGAAGAGUGCAAGCUAGCCUGCCGGGAUGUGCAAGGUGGGCCUCCAAAGACAACUUUAGGGGCUCGGGUGACAUUUCCCAGGGAGGGCCCCUCAGUGGAAAGGCACCAUCCAGUGUGCUCUGGCACCUGUCAGGCCACCCAGUUCCGCUGUGGUGAUGGCUGCUGCAUCGACAGCUUCCUAGAGUGUGACGACACCCCUGACUGCCAUGACGCCUCCGACGAGGCCUCCUGUGAAAAAUACACCAGCGGCUUUGAUGAGCUCCAGAGCUUCCAUCUCCCCAGUGACAAAGGGCACUGUGUGGACCUUCCAGACACAGGACUCUGCCGUGACAGCAUCCCCCGCUGGUACUACAAUCCUUUCACCGAAAGCUGCGCCCGCUUUACCUAUGGUGGUUGUCAUGGCAACAAGAACAACUUUGAGGAUAAGGAUCAGUGUCUUGAGUCCUGUCAUGGCAUCUCCAAGAAGGAUGUGUUUGGUCUCCGGCGGGAAAGCCCCAUCCCAAAUGCAGGCUCCGUGGAAGUGGCCAUUGCCGUGCUCCUGGCCACCUGCAUUGUGGUAGUAGUAGCCAUCCUGGGUUACUGCUUCUUGAAGAAUCAGAGGAAGAGCUUCCAAAGACACCGCCACCGCCGCCCCCCGCCCCCGACCCCCACCAGCUCCACGGUCUCCACCACUGAGGACACAGAGCACCUGGUCUACAACCACACGACCCGACCACUCUGA